CGCCAGCAUGGAUGGGGUGGACGUGUGGGCCAGCACCCUGGCCCAGCUGAUGGCCAAGAGGAAGCCCCAGGACACCUGGGAGCUGGUCCCUGAGGAGAACCUGGCCUCCGGGCACAUGGAGGGUGGCGGUUUUCAGUACCGGCUGAGGGGGCUUUCCAGGCUCCAGUGUGGCCGCUGCCAGUGGGGCUGGUCCUCGGCCCACGUGCACAUUCUCUUCCACACAUGCUUGGACGAGGGCAGCCGCCUGGGGCUGGUGAAGAUGCGCAUCUGGGGGCAACAGUGCAGGCUGUGCCCGCCGGGCGUCCAGGGACAUUGCCAGGUGAGCCUUCUGAAUGUCCGGCUCUUCCUCAACAAGCUAGUCCUGUUCAUCCUGCAGAAGUGCUAUGGCGAGAGCCUCAGCUCAGACCAGUGCCCCGAGAUCUGCUUUGGUGAGCGCUGCGAGGCCUGCGACCUGGGCGUCUGCUUCUUCCAGAAGCCCCCAGACCCAGCCUGGGGGCCCGAGGUCAAGAGCCCCACCACCAUCAAGGGCAGGUACACCUUGUACGGAGGCGGCGGCUUGGCCACCACUGCCACUGGCAAGCAGCUGCUCACCCUUGGCAGUGGGCCCGUGGUCGACCGCGCCAGGGGCUACACCCCCAACUCCAUCACCAUCCCCCUCUCCGUGGCCGACUUCAUCAGGAACCCGAUUUCUGAGAGCAGCAACUUUUUCAGCCAGGAUGAUGACAUCGUCACCGUCCCCUUCUCCCUUGUGGAUGUGGGGAGGGACAAGGGGCCUGCCGCCGGGGCCAAGGGCCGUGUCAGCCCAGGGCCGGGCUCCCUCCCAGCGGCUGACCCUGGCGGGCCCCUUGUCAUCGGCAAGGGCUCCAUCCACCUGCCGGCCAGUUCCACAGCCACGCCCAAGGGCAGAGGCCUCCUGGUGAACAUCAAAUGCCCCAUCUUCCAUGGCCGAGGCCUACUCAUCAGCAGCAUCAAGCCCUUCGAGCUGAAAGGCUUCAUCUUCAAAGGCCGGGGCUCCGUCCCCAGCUCCGCCGGAAAUGGCCCACUGCCGGUGUCCUACAUCAUUGGCCUCACGGAUGACGGAGAGGGCUCCAUCACCUUCCCCUCGUCUUUGGCGAACAUCAUCAGAGACGACUCCUUCCCCAACAUCGACGGCUCCGUCACCUUCCCCUUCAUCUUCACUGAUGAAGACAAAGGCAAGAAUGCUUCUGCCAACACCACCCAAGGCAAAGAGAAGGGUGGCGGUGAUGGCCCUGCCCCUGCUGGCCGUGAGCCCCUUCCAGGGACCCGCGCCCAUAGACCCGUCACCAUGAGCGAGGGCUCCAUCACCAUCCCCUUCUCCGUCUUCGACAUCAUAAAGUACAAGGGCCCCGGCUCCAUCGCCAGUGGCCGCCGGAGCGGUGGCCUGGCCACACAGGGCUGUGACAAGAAGAGGGGGCCGCCGAGGGCCGGGCUCAGCAGGGAGGAGGACUUCUGCUGGGAUGACGACUGCUGCGCACCGCGUUUUGACCCCUACGAAGAAGUGUGGAUCUGGGUUUCCAUGACCGUCUGCAUCCUCUGGAUCAUGUACCUGUACAAGGUCAGCCCCUGA